AUGGACCUCUUUUUAGAGAUUUUUGGCGAUGGAAAUGGAGAUUUUGGACAAAAUUGGCAUAUGCACGUCAAAUCUAAGCUCAGGGAGAAGCUCAAGCGAUUAUUCGAUGAAGCUGCGAACGGCUCAUCCGAUAGGGCAAGCAUUUUGGCGGUGAAGAAAGUCUAUUCGACACCUGAGAGAGAACUUGCUCGAUGCUCGUCUAACAUCUAA